GCCACAACUUGCAGCAGCACUUCCUCUUCCCACAUCCGAGUGGCAAUUUACACCCAUACAGGCAGGAGAGAAGAGUGGAGGAUAAAAAGGACUUCUUACAUCCUCUGCAUCUUUCUCUGCCGCCAGCAAUGGAGAAGGAGCUCAUAUUUAGCCCAAAGUGGCACCUUGCGUUUUGCUUUUUGAUUUUGAUGAUGUUCCAAGCCGCCGAAGCGGAGAUAACUUGCAGGUCUUGCCAGUCUGGAAAUAAGUGGCGCGCUCGGGAAUUAAUGCUACAAUUCGACACGAGUGAGUCCGCAACAGGAUUAAAGAGAGAGGUUGUUGGACAGGGAGACGGUGCAGGGAGAUCUGCAAGUGCGGAAAGUGUGCGGUUCCCCUGUGCAGCUGGCUCCGUUGAAUGCGCUCCAGCUCCAGCGGAACACACGGAGCCGAGACGGAAUAUAGACGCAAAAAACAAAAAUGUGGAGAGCGUGAAAAUGAAAGUUUCCAAUGUCAAAACGAGUCAGGAGAGCAGCCCGGGUUUGACUUUUAGCAGAAAGCGCGCCAGGAGGAGCAGUGAUGACGGGGAGGAAAUCACAUCCCCAGCCCAGAGUCAGGACCCGGGAGAGGGCGCACGCAGAGUUCCGCGCUGGAGCGGAGAGGACCGGAGAGGAGCCGGCACUCCGAGGCACGACGAGCUGAAAGUUGACAGCACAACGUUCGCCUUGACCGGGGACUCCUCUCACAACCAGGCUAUGGUGCACUGGUCCGGCCAGAACAGCAGUGUGAUUUUGAUGCUGACCAAACUAUUUGACUUCAACCUCAACAGUGUGACAGAGAGUUCAUUAUGGAGGUCAACUGACUACGGAGCAACGUACCAGAAGCUUAAUGAGAAAGUGGGAGCAAAGACAAUACUGAGUUAUUUGUACGUGAGCCCCAACAACAAGAGAAAGAUCAUGCUGCUGACUGAUCCCGAGGUGGAGAGCAGUCUGCUGAUCAGCUCUGAUGAAGGAGCGACCUACCAGAAGUACCGCCUCAACUUCUACAUCCUCAGCCUGCUCUUCCACCCCGAGCAGGAGGACUGGAUCCUGGCUUACAGCCACGAUCAAAAGCUCUACAGCUCGGUGGAGUUUGGAAGGAGAUGGCAGGUGGUUCACGAGAGAGUGGCUCCCAAUCGCUUCUACUGGUCGAAAAUGGGUUUGGACAAAGAGCCGGGCUUAAUUCACCUGGAAACCAGCAUCUCUGAAGGACAGGCGCUGUAUGUCACCUGCAAGCUGCAAAACUGCACAGAUGCCAACAAGGGCAAACCAUUCCCGGGCUACAUUGACCCCAAUUCUCUGGUGGUGCAAGAUGAGUAUGUGUUUGUCCAGGUGUCAGCCGCGGGGAGGCCAAUCUACUAUGUGUCUGCUAAAAGAGAUGUCUUCACACCAAUGAAGCUACCCAAGUACACACUGCCCAAGGACCUGCAUGUGAUCAGCACAGAUGAGAACCGUGUGGUUGCGGCAGUACAGGAGUGGAACCAGAACGAAACCUACAACCUGUAUGUGUCGGACACGUCGGGGGUGUACUACACCCUGGCUCUUGAGAACGUGGUCAGCAGCAUGGGCUACGAGGGUAACGUCAUGGUGGACCUCUAUGAGGUAGCUGGAAUAAAGGGGAUGUUCCUCGCCAACAGAAAGAUGGAUAGCCAAGUGAAGACACACAUCACUUACAACAGAGGCAGAGACUGGAGCCUCCUGCGAGCCCCGAGCAAAGACCUGAGGGGCAACAGCAUCAACUGUGAGCUGCCCUACUGUUCAUUACAUCUCCAUCUACACGUCUCCGCAAAUCCCUACACAUCUGGAAACAUAGCCAGCAGGGACUCAGCGCCGGGGAUCAUAGUCGCGUCAGGAACCAUCGGCGCAGAGCUCACCUCCACCAACGUUAGUGUGUACGUCACCUCAGAUGCAGGAAACACAUGGAGACAGAUCUUUGACGAGGAGUAUGCAGUGCUGUAUCUCGACCAAGGAGGAGCCUUAGUCGCAAUAAAACACACUCCGCUUCCCAUCCGACACCUGUGGUUGAGUUUUGACGAAGGACAACAGUGGAAGAAGUACAGCUUCACCAACACGCCUCUGUUUGUGGACGGGGUGCUGGGCGAGCCUGGGGAGGAGACUCUCAUCAUGACGAUAUUCGGCCACGUCAGUCAUCGCUCAGAGUGGCAGCUGGUGAAGAUCGACUUCAGGUCCAUCUUCAACAGGAGGUGUAAAGAGGAGGACUAUCAGACAUGGCACCUUCACAACCAGGGCAAGUCCUGCCUCAUGGGAGUGAAAAGGAUCUACAGGAAGUUGAAGCCCUCGUCCAGGUGUGUUAUGGGAAAGACGUAUUCUGUUUCCAUGACGUCUGGCCCCUGUGACUGUACUGAGGCUGACUUUGAAUGUGAUUAUGGCUACGAGAGACGGACCGACGGCAAGUGCACCCCCGCCUUUUGGUUCCAUCCAUCAUCCAUGUCCAGGAGUUGUACCACAGGGAUGACGUUCCUGAACAGCACCGGCUACAGGAAAGUUGUCUCCAAUAACUGCACGUCUGGAGUCAGUGUGGAGUACACCUCCCGCAGGCAGCAGUGUCCCAUCCAGGCCCCCAAAGGUCUCCACCUGGUCACCAGUGAGGGCACGUUGUCAGCCACUCUGGGCACCAAUGUCACCUUCCUGGUUUUUCUGGAGGAGGGCGACGGGGCGAGGACAAGCAUUACCCUGGACUUCGGAGACGGCCACGCUCUGACCUACUCCAACGUGAGCUCUAUUGAGGACGGGAUCAAACACGUCUACAAAGCUGUGGGAAUAUACCGAGUGACGGCCACAGGGGAGAACAUCCUUGGCUCAGAGACAGUCAUGCUCUAUCUGCAUGUAACAUGUCAGCUGGAGCAUAUCCAUCUCUCAGCUCCCUUUGUGGCGGUAAAGAAUAAGGAACUGAACCUGACUGCUGUUCUGCUGCCCAGCCAAGUGGGAACGGUCACCUACAUCUGGUGGAUCGGAAAUAACACAGAGCAACCGGUAAUCACCCUGGAGGGAAGUGUGGCUUGCACGUUCUCCCGGGAAGGCAUCAAUGCAGUCACUGUGCAGGUGUCCGCAGGGAAUAUUAUUCUGCAGGACAGAAAAGCCAUCGCAGUCCACGAAUAUUUCCGCUCUCAUCUGCUCGCCUUUUCAUCAAACCUGGACGACCACAACCCUGAUGUUGCAGAAUGGAGGCAGGACGUGAGCCGAGUCAUCAAGAAGUCUCUGAUCCAGGCCACAGGCGUGCGCGAGGAUCAGAUCUUGGUCACCAUCCUCCCAGGUUUACCUACAGCUGCAGAGUUUUUCCUUCUACCCGACAAACAGCUCACUGAGGGCAAAGCGGAGAAGAGCUCUGCUCAUUUGGAUCAGCUCUCAGAGGUUUUGCUCAGCGCCUUGAAUCAAAACCUUGUCCAGUUCACGUUGCGGCCAGGAGUCCAAGUCACCGUGUACGCAGCACAUUUAUCAGCAGCGCCCCUAGUGGACACCAGCGAGAACCACAGUGGCUCUGCUAUGCUAAUGCUGCUAUCAAUAGUGGUUGUGGGCUUAGCUGUAUUUGUCAUCUACAAAUUCAAGAGGAAGAUCCCAGGCCUCAACGUCUAUGCGCAGAUGCAGAACGAAAAAGAACAAGAAAUGAUGAGUCCAGCUAAUCCUACAGAGACCACGCCAAGCUCACAGCGGGACUUGGUGCAUUCUUUGGAGAUUCUGGACACAGAGUUUAACUCACGGCCCAUAGGAUAUAUGAAACCUCAUGUACAUGUGAAAUUCUCCACAGAACUCCCCACAUACAUCGCCUAAACUCUGGACUGGAUUACCACUCCAGCUGCGUCAUGGAUAUUUUUUAACAUUCUGGACACAAUGGUUUUGAGCUUUAUACCUCUGCAUGUUGGACUCUGCUGACACAUACUGUGCUCUGUUCAAACCUGAGGAAACUGUGUACAGGUUUUUCAUUCUCCUUCGACAUGUGUCUGAUAAAUUAAACAUUUUCCCAUUUAUUUAUACAAGUCAGAUACAUAAUUCAGAGGGAACGGCAGCAUGAACUAGAGAGGAUAACAAAUUAAUUGAACAACAAUAUUUUGGUUUGCUGUUCUAUGAAGCUAUCAGCAGUAAUGUAUUAUUUAUUCAUAUGAAUUGAUGAAGUGAAUUACACAUUUAUUUUGUAAAUCAUGACCGUCUGUUAUAAAUGUGUGUAUUUUAAUAACAAAUGUCAUACUAAACAGAAAUGCUGUUGUAAAAUGUGAAUAGGGUACUUUAAAGCUUUUUGGUCCAUUGUCUCUUGGGAAGCUGAUUUAUGGCACAAUACACAUUUUCUACUGAAAUCUACUGGGUUUGGUUUUUCUGGUUUUAUUUAACGUUUGCUGUUAAUCUAAUGCUUAUGGUACUAUUUACGAUACAUACAACUUUGUAAAAUGUUUCGUGCUUCGGAAUAGGAGAUUUCUCAUUACCAACGCUACACCUUCAGACUGCAAGUGAUCCCUACUGUUAAAACUAUUACAAUACCUAUUACACCUUCUAGGAACGGAAGAAGAGGACUAUCCCACAAAGAAAGUGCUCGAAGUGGCCACACCCCAAUCACAGCCAACCUCACCACUGGAGGCAGAGUUCUAUUUAUCAAAGCUAAGAUUUAAGCAUAGUGCUGGAAAUAAGAUACUUUGUGGGAGAAUCCAAAGAACAUGGCAGCGAGAAAGAGAGAGAGAGACAAAGAGAAAGUGGUACGGAUAGAGAUGGUAGAGUGCUUUUUGGGGCCACGAUGCAUUACGAGUGUUGUACUGGAUUGGAUGGAAUAAGUUGACUUCCUGAAUACUUAAUGUGGCCAGUCAAGCUCAAGGCCGGCUAAGGUUGGUGACACAUUUAGGCUAAUGUCCUGACUCGCUCUCAAGUAGCACCCGUCUCCAUCCCGGCUCAUUAUACCGCGCUGUAGGAGCGGGAGAAGUAGAGCGCAGAUGCUACCAGGCUACAUGGAUGGUUAGUUUGUUCAGAGGAAUGGGAAGCCCUGCCGUUUUCUGUGUGUGAAAUCUGACAGAUGUAAAUGCCUGAUUGAUGUCUUUCAAAUCUUCUGAGGCAACCUUUCCAUAUUAGUUUUUCCCCCUUUAUUACAUUUUGGAUGGAAAAAUACAGACGUGUGGUUCUGUCAACUUUGGAUGAUUUUUUUUCACAAUUGUACAGACAUAGCUGUACAUGAAUUGCCACCAUGGAUUCACCUACAAUACAAUCAAUAGAAUGUACAGAAAAGCAACGAUUAGACACUUAAGGUGUUUUCACAAGUCAUAGUCUUUUCAGCAAGUCCAGAUCAAAGUAAUAUUUAUACUUUUAUAUUGUUUUCUAUUUAGCGAGCUAUGGUUUCAUAGUGCAUAAUCAUUCCAUCAUUCUAUUUGGUCAGAAAUGUGGCAGUAGAAUAUAGUAAAACCACCAGCCGGAGAUAACACCAACAGAGCAACAUGGAAGAUGAACAUUCCAAGGAAACAUUUGGUCCUGCUUUCGUGUUCCCACCAAACACAUUUGGAAAGUGUUCAAAAACCCCUGUAGUUAAAGCUCCAAGUUCUCUCUAACUCAUUACAACCUGUUGGUAAGCCAUGUCGUUUUGGAUCCAAAACAGUCCUCUUCGUUUUGGUUUACUUGGUGAUAUUCAGUCAUGUUCUCAAUGGAAUCAAAAUACAUUAGGGUUUGCUUGGAAUCGUACUCGAAGGCAGACAGAAACUACUGUUCUAAGACUUUUUCAGAGAGUUGGUCCAGGAUUGCUUUUUUUGGUCCAAACUAGAGUACUUUAUUCAGAAACUGCCUAAACUAACUUAAAUGCAAAGCUGCAUCUUCCUGGUAGAAGUAAACCUAGCAGCGAUUAAUUUUAGAUAGGACUCAUAUGAAUGAAUAUUCAUAUGGUAGAGGUAGGUCAAGGAGUGUGUAGGGAAAUAUAUUGUUAAAGUAAUUGGUAGUCGGUGGAUUGCUUACAAAUUUGGACGACCAACCAGAGAAUAUUGGUAUCCAAAUCUGUGGAAUGCAGAAACUCGGAGGGACCUUAAGGCUCCAGGUUCACGGUGUACCAAUUAGUUUCUGAUAAUAUUUAGUGUUCAAAUAUGUUUGUUUAUGCUGUAUAGCAUAUACUUUAGUAUAGUAUUCAUUUACAUUGAAAUGAUGAGGACAUUAAGGGAAUAUUUCCAUCAUUACCUAGUGUUAAGGCCAAAUCUUGGAAAGGGGUUCUGUUUGAGUCUUUCCUCCGUGAAUUCGGUGGUAUCGUGCCACAUGGAACAUUUUUCACGUUACCAAUUACUGACUACAAUGUUAUUUCCGCCAUGGUUGCUUGAUUUCGCAAUGCUAGCUAACAAGCAAGCUAUGUAGGAAGUGUUGGUUGCCCACAGUGGCUAGCUAACAGCUGUUGGCAGCCACUUUGGUUCAGGUAUCUUCUGGUAACAAGAUUAGAAGCAGUUCAUUUCCAGAGUGAUCUGCACUUUUGAAUUAAAGUGUAUAUUGCUAGUUAAAGUUGUAUUCAACAGAAAGGGGUACAAUCAGCUUUUCCUCCAGUGUAGUCAAGUUGACCCUAACCUUAAAGCCCCUGUCACACUGUCCCGAAAUUGACACCCGAU